CCACUGCCAGUCUUGGAUCAGUGCAAACUGCAGAGGCCACUUUUAGUGAUAGCAUAGACAUUAAAACCAAGACUGGCAAUGCUCACUGCGGUAUAAUAAGAACCGGUCUGUUUUGCUGGAUGUUCUCGCUCUGCCUGUCAGGUGGUAGCACAUAGACACGCCCAAUCGUGAAGUCUCCGGAAGUUAGUUAUCUCAUUUAGCUCCAAACAAAUAAUACACUUACACAUAUUUAUUGUCAACUAUGGACAAGCUUCGUAGUAUGAUAGGGGGGCGAGAAGACAACGAGGAAGCAGGGCUCACGGCGCAGGUCCUGGAUGCCUCGACGCUCAGCUACAGCACCCGGGUGAAGUGGUUCGUCAUAUGCUUCGCUUCAGGCAUCCUGUGCUCCAUACUGGGCACUGCACUGCUGUUCUUACCCAAUGGCACCAAGCUGUUUGCUGUGUUCUACACACUAGGUAACCUUGCUGCWCUCUCCAGCACCUGUUUCCUGAUGGGACCUCUGAAACAGCUGAAGAGAAUGUUUGAACCCACCAGARUGAUAGCCACCUGUGUUGUGCUGCUCUGUCUCAUUUUGACGCUUUGUGCAGUUUUCUGGGUAAGUAUCUGA